ACCCAACUUUUCUGGUCAAGAAGGCUCAUCUCUACCGCCCCCACCACCCUUCCUUCAUUGUCGUGUCCCUCAAGCUCUCACAUCUCAACCUCACCUCCUCCUCUUCCACCCUCAGCUCCAAAUUUGACCUCUAGGCCGUUGCCACAAACCCCCACAAGAGCAACAUUGCCUUUUCCUAUGAACCCACCUCCAUCUCCAAACACUCUGGUGACAUCGCCAUUGGCGAUGAGACCAUAACCACUUUCGAGCAUGAGAAGAAUGCGUUGUUGCUUAAAGCUUCAAUUUUGAGCAGUGAGCAAGUGCUGAAUGGUAAAGCUGCCCGCAAUUGAAGUCAAGCAUGAAGAGCAAGAAUGCGUUGCCGUUGGAAUCAGAGUCUCUUGUGACAGAAUCAAGAAUGGUGUGGGAAGGGGCAAGGAGGGAGCGGAAAGUGUCCGAGAACAUCGCCUUAGAUUGUCCAAAAUAUCCAUGGGUGCACUGACAAACCAAAUAACCCUUGGUGUUAAUGUUUGCAACAUUGCAAAGUAACAUUGACUCCAUUCUAAUUUGGAUUAGAAUGAAUGUGCUUCCACAUUUUAGUGCAACAUAUAAACAAGCUUAUUAGAUGUGAAUACUUAUUGUUCACUUAUUGAUAACCUUCUUAUUUUUGGGUGAUGACUAAAUAUUUGACAAAAUUUUAAGUAGUAUGGAAGGUUGAAAGAGAUUAAAAAGAAAACUCUUCUUUGUGUGCUUCUUUGUAAGCACCUCUUUCCCCUCAUUCAAUACAAAACCCCAAAGAAACCCCUCUAAUCUCCAACCCCUUCUCCUCAUUCCUUCAUGAGCAAGAAACCCAAGAACACACAAUGCACAUCAUGGAAAUCAACCUUUCUCCUCAUCUCCUCCUUCUCCUCCUUCUCUUCCUGACAUUGUUCACCGCCACAAACCCAACAACAGCACCGCCACCACUUCCACCGUCUCAGAUUCCACAACUCUCAACGCAAGAAAUCAACAACAUCAUCAACGCACUCAUCGGAGCCGGCGACACCAGCGCCAACCAGUGGGCAAGCAUCCUCUCAAUGUCCAACCCAUCGCUCAGUCUCACGCUCUUCGUGCCGCAAGACGCCGCCGCCACCGCCAUCCUCGACCCCACUCUCUUCCCCUACCACGUCGUCCCUCAACGACUCACCUUCUCCGACCUCCUCCUCUUCCCCCUCCACUCCCGCCUCCCCACACUCCUCCCCGGGAAAUCCAUCGCCGUCACCGGAAACUCCGCCGCGAACUACUCCGUCGACGGAACGCUAAUCACCCACCCGGAUCUCUACAACACCCCUUCCCUCGCCGUCCACGGCGUCAAGUCGCUUCUUGAUUACUCACUGUUCAGCGACGGGCUUCCUCCCACCACUCCCUUCUUGCCCAUCGGCACGCCAUGGAGCUCCGCCGCCGCAGCACCCCUCCACGGCGUCGCUUUCUUCUUCCCCUGUUUCGCUGUUCUGCAACUCUUCUUGAUGCUUGCUUGGUAGUGUAAUAAUGUUUUAACAGGGUUAGUACCUGUUUGGAUGAAAACCAAAAAGCAAUUAUUAGAGCUUCUUUUGUACAUUUUUUAAGUAGAUAAAGCUCCAAUAAAUCAUUAUCCAAACUGGAUUUGUAUGAUUUGGUUUUGAUUACCUGUUGUUUAGUUUGUAAUGAUGUGCAUAGUGCAUUCAUUGAAUUUUUUUGUUGUGCAGCAUGUAAAAAGUUGAAUGGAGUAUUAUUUUUCUUUC